CCGAGCUUGUGGUUCAGUGUACGUGCGACCGCUCGCUACUGAGGACGGAUUAUUGUACCUCGCGCGCCAUACUUAUUACGCAGUAGCGAGAUUCGCAGACCGCGUGGACUUUGUAAAAAACCAGUGUUUUCGCUCGAAUCGGACUCGUUUCGCCGUCGUUUCUCGAACGAUACGUACUCCAGUGAUAACAGUUGUCAGUGUGAAAAAGUUUGUUGUUGUCCGGGAGUGCUCCGACUCGCUGGGAUCGACAGUUCUGGACCUCCGCCGGUCGGGACCGAAACGUUCUCGUCGGCCACGUUACAAGGUUAUCGCGACUCGAGCCCGCCGCCGAUGAAUUGGAAAAUAGGCGCGUAGUCGCUCACGUGGUGUGCGCCCCGCCCCCGCCUCGCUCCGCGCUUAUAUUUAGCGAAAAUCACCUCUCGGGAGCGGUCCGACGGCGGACACGUUUCUCCGGCAUCUCUGUUUACGAACUCGUAAUAUACGCCACGCGCGGAGCCCGGGCUCGGCGCACCGAUAAGGAGGAGCCAGAUAACCUCCGAGGAUCGCGAUCCGCGAUCGUCGUUCUAGAAAUAGAGGGAAGUCGAGUUUUAGAUAAUCGCCGAUCGAAUGCCCCACGUCGCGCGGGUCGAGCGCCGCUGAGCGCCUGAUUAGACACACCCACCAAAAAAUUCCACACGUUUGUUUACAUAACGAACGCUGAGAUGUCGGCACAGGGGGGCGGGAGUUUCCACAGCCCGUGGUCCUCGCAGACGGGGCUGUCCGAGCUGGACGGCGCGAUGGGCGAGCUGGAGCCCCUGGGGGAACUGACGGAGGUAGGCUUCGAGCCUCAGACGCGCGCGCGCUCCAACACGUGGCCGCUGCCCCGGCCCGAGAACUACAUCGACCCCGACGACGGGGGCUCCAAGAAGAGCUCCACGCAGAACCUCUCCGGCGCGCCACCAUUGCCCACAGCAGUGACUGCGAAAAAAAACUCCUCCCGCAGAAACGCAUGGGGGAACCUCUCGUACGCCGAUCUCAUUACUCAGGCCAUCACCUCCUCCCAGGACAAGAGACUGACGCUAUCCCAAAUCUACGAGUGGAUGGUCCACAAUGUGCCAUAUUUUAAGGACAAGGGUGACAGCAAUUCGUCAGCUGGAUGGAAGAACUCGAUCCGCCACAACCUGUCGUUGCACAACCGGUUCAUGAGGGUCCAGAACGAGGGGACGGGGAAGUCCUCGUGGUGGAUGAUCAACCCCGACGCCAAGCCCGGCAAGUCCGUCCGCCGACGAGCGCUGUCCAUGGAGACGUCCAAGUCCGAGAAACGGCGAGGCAGGGUAAAGAAAAAGCCCGAAACGCUGAGGAAUGGAGCGACAGCCGACGCGACGCCCAGCCCGAGCAGCUCGAUCUCCGAGAGCCUAGACAUUUUCCCCGACUCGCCCAUCCACAGCAACAAUUUUCAGUUGUCGCCGGACUUCCGGCAGCGGGCCUCGUCGAACGCGUCGUCGUGCGGCCGCCUGUCUCCUAUCCCGUCGCUGAUAGCCUCAGAGCCGGAAUGGGGGGCGGAUUACGCCCCGGCCUCAGAUUUUCCGGCGAGUGACUUUACGCAAGCCGAUUUCGCCCAGGACGAGACGCUAGCCGGCACCCUCGCGGACUCCAUGAAGCUCCAUACGGCCGACCCAUUCCUCACAACUACGUACGUUCCAACCACAUCAUCAUCGUCGUCCGGCGGCACCUAUCGGUUCGCGUACGCGUGCCCCCGCCACCCGCACGGCGGCUGCGCGUGCGCCGCGCUCUACCCCGCUCACCCCGCGCACCCGCAACACAACCACCCCCUGGACCGGUUCCUCCGACCGCCGCCGCCCGCUGACCCCGCUGAUAUCAUGCAAACAGAGAACUGUCAAACCCAAAUGGUGACGUCGUCGGAGAUGAACGGGGACAUGAUGUCCGGGGCGAUGGGGCCGACCACGGUGAUGGGACAGAUCAUGGGGGCGCUGAACACCGGCCUCGCGGAGGACCUAAACAUUGAGUCGCUGGGGCAGUUCGACUGCAACGUCGAUGAGGUGAUAAAGCACGAGCUGAGCAUGGACGGCACGCUGGACUUCAACUUCCCGCAGCAGCAGUCCGCCAUGGCGGCGGAGGCGGAGAGCCAGUUCGUGGCGCCCGCGCCGCCCGUGCCCACCACCCUCGACAACGGAGCCGCGCGCCCGCCCUACACCGUCGCCCCCUCAUGGGUCCACUAGUUACCUACCGCUUCGGGGUUCCAUACUCCUGCGACCAGGGGUUCCCUGCCAGGGGUAACGUCCCUGCAACCAGGGGUUUUGACCGGGGUUCCGUAUCCCUGCUUACCGGGGGCUCCCGAUUGCGGUUCAAUACCCCUGUCAACCAGGGGCUCCCAACCGGGGUAGUAUAUCCCUUAUUCACGGGGUCUUCGGGCUACCAACCCCUGCGACUUGUAAAUAUUGUUACGUUGUAGUCGAGAUUUUUGUUCAUGUUAACUAAUGUUAGAAUUUUAUUUAGUGUUAACGGUUACGAGUGAGUGUCAAUUGUGCUUAGGGUAAGUCUAGUUGGCUCGUGAGGGGGAGCGGGGUGCGGAAGGCCGACAUGCGAAAACAACAUGAAGAUAACAUGGUUUCAAGACGUUGAAACUACAAACCACAUCACAACGGCGAAACGAAGACCAGUUAUUGAUAGACUGAUAAUGGGUGUUCUGAGUUUUUGAGUGCGUAUUUGACACAAGUGUAGUGUAACCUCGCGAGUACGUAUGUAGUUGGGAAGUAGAUGUAGAUUUCAUACAGGUAUAUACUAUUAAACUUCGUUUACAGGAACGCUUUUGACAUCGCAACAAAGCUUAGCAUCUUAAACUCAAUCUGCGAUUUUGCGUUUGUGUAAACGAAAGUUUAUUCUUAACCCCAAAGUAAGAAUUUUGUAAACUCAAGUCGAUCAAACACAGGUGCCAUCGUAGGAAUUAAAUAUUAUGUAAGUAAAUGCCAGUCCGUGCAAUUGAUUAUGUUGUUCACUUAGUUGUAAUGUAAUGUAACCAAAAUAACACGUAAAUGUUAAAUCAUUAAUUUUGUAAACAAAUUGUAUACUUUUGUUGAUUACCUUUCAAAUAUUGAAGUGAUACGUCGUUUAAUGAAAACAAAUUCUUUGAAGUCUAUUGACUUCCUCUGCUGAAAAUAUUUAAGACUAGUUUAAUCGAAUGCUCGGUUCUAUUAUUAUGGUGGUGCUUGUUAUUAUAAUCCAUAAUAUUGAAGUUAAACAAACCAUAUUUUGUUUAACCGUCGAUAAAUAUGAAAUGAUGAAACUGGGCCACACUAUUUCUGGUUUAAAUCAAUGAAAUAAAUUCAAUUGAAUGUUCAUGAAAACGAAUUUAAUAUUUUUUUACCAGUACAUUCAUAUUGACCUAAACCUAAAAAGAAAAUAUUAGGCACACAGUAACAUUUACUUAACAAAACUUUAUUUAUUUUAUUAUCUAAAAUAUCACUUUAAAAGUAACUGACAUUGCCAAAAAGUCAAGUAGAAACCAAAAGAAAAUCCUUGCUCUAUAGACACAAGUACAUAUUAUUAUAGUUUGAAGUCGUCUAUAGUCAAUAACUUGAGUCGAGGCACACAUCUUAUGCACAAAACUUCUAUGAAGUUCCUUGCCCCUUCUCAUGAUUUUGACUUCUCCUUCUGGCAGUAACGAAAUAUUCAAUAUCUGUGUAGCUAUUCAAUAGAUAAAAUAUUGUAAACAUUUUGGAGUAUCAAGCACAAUGUUAUACAUAAUAUAUGCUAAAGCUGAGAUCUGUACGCAUUUUCUGCUCUUUUUAUUGAACAUUAAUUCACCUUCGAUUCAGUCCGGAUCUCAUUAAAAAGCAAAAAAGUAUUCUCAUAUACGGCAAACGGAUUAUUUUGACAAAACACUUCUGACGUUGAUUUGACGUUUUGUUAGAAUACAAAUUGUAGUUUUGUUAAACUGAAGUUAUAUUUAAACUACAUCUAAGCUGUGUUGGAUUAAAAUAGCGGAAUCUGGGUACUGAUUUUCAGAUAAAUUACUGUCUACACAGAGGCAGUAUACAAAGAGACUUCAGUUUAGAUAUUGAUUCAAUCGUAUACUCGUUAAGUUCUAUCACGAACUAAAUCUACAAGUAAAAAAUUUACACAGCGAAACUAUACAAGAUCUGCAAGUCUUAGGGGCUGUUUCACCACUUCCUGAUAAGUGCUGGAUAGGCUAUCCACAACUUUUUUUGAGUAUCUGUCAGAAAAGUU